CACAGCUGCCCACUCAAUCGUGAUUAUUCAAAUACUUUUUCUCGUUACUGUAUGAUAUCGUUGGUACACGCCUUGCCGAUAGCUUAAAAGUUCAUAAGGUGAAAUGUCCGAGGCUGCUGCAGACACGGGCGCUGAAGUUGCCGUGCUUGAUAUCGAAGCUGCGGCAGCGAAAUUGAAGCAGGGCAAGGACCUUAUUGAUGAUGACCCAGAGAAGGCUGUAGAACUGCUCUGCGCGGCCGUGCGCUCUUACGAAAAACAUUUCGGAGCUGAGGCAAUCGAAUGCGCGCCAGUUUACAUGUACUACGGGAUUGCGCUUUACGAAGUUGCAAGAAGCGCCACAGACGCGUUGGGCACCACCAAGACCACCGUCGAGCCUAUUUCUGACCAGAAGGCCGACCAAACUGCAGCCUUGCCCAAACCUGCCGCUACUGCUGAUGAGGCUGGGGACAAGAGCAGCGUGCCUGGAGAUGGCAAAAGCGACGCUACGGCAGGCCCAUCGGAGCCCUCAGCCCUAGACGACCAAAAGGCCGUAGAGCCUAAUGAUGCAGCUGGUUCCGAUGAUAAGAAGAACACUGGCGAAGAUGGGGACAAGGCUGCCGAGGAUGGGCCCGCGGAGGGUGGCGAUGGCGACGGCGAGGAGAUGGAGGAGGAGGCUGACGGCGCCGAGCAAGGGGAGGAGGAGGAGGGCGGUGAUGCGAAGGCCGAAGAUGACCCAGAUGCUGAUGACAUGAAGCUAGCGUGGGACAUGCUGGAGGUGGCUCGUGUAAUUUACAGCAAGCAGUCCCAUCCGGAGGAGCACCGCGACCGGCUGGCUGAGGUGCACAAGGCACUGGGAGACAUAAAGAGCGAGCAGGAGCGGUUUGAAGAAGCGGUCGACUGCUACAAGCAGAGUCUGCAGCACCUGGAGGCCAUGCAGACCCGCAACAACCGCCGCCUGGCGGAGGUGCAGUACAAACUGUCUGUCGUACUGACGUACCUGGAGCAGCACGAGGAGGCUCUGGCAGUUACGCAGGCGGCCCUGAAUUCCCUGGAAGCGGCUGUAGCGGAAACGGAGGAGAAGUUGUGUGCACUGCCCACGGAUGGGUCGGGUGGUGAGGCAGCGGAUGAGGAGGGGCGGCGGUUGCAGGCCGUGUCGGAUGACUUGCGGUCGGUGAUUGGAGAGCUGCACUGGAACAUCAACGGCCUCAAGGAAACCAUUGCCAACGAUAACUCGCUCAAGGAGGCGCUCAGGCAAGCCUUCCUCAAGGCGAAUGGCGGCAGCGGCUCGGACGCUGCUGCUGGUCUGACGGCCGCACUGGCUGCGGGGGUAGCCACAUCGAGCUCCUUCGCUGCGCCCUCCAAACCUGGGCCAACUGGCCAGCCUGUCUCACUAGGCACUGUAGGGCGAGGCAGCAAGCGCAUCACGCUGCAGCCCACCAGCACGACGGCGGCCAAUGGCACUGCGGCUCCAGCUGCGGUCCCUAUCUCCGCACCCAAGCGGACACUGGAUGAUCUCAUGGGUGGGGAACCGGCAGCUGGGGGAUUGACCUCCACUGGCUUUGAGGCUGUGGCGGUGGUGGAGGCGCGGGAGGAGGGACAGCCGCAGGCGGCCAAGAAGGCGCGGGUGGAGGAGGCGGAGGCAGCGAUGGAGGCGGCGGAGUCAUAGAUAGGGUGAUCGCCCGGGCGUUUCUCGAGGGGACGGUUCGGGGGUCCAGUGCGGGGAGGGUUUCUGGCUUUCUGAGUGCGGUUGCCCACCUGGCGACACAUGCAGGCUUUGUUCAAACGUGUGUUUAGCGGCCGGAUGUAGUAUAAGGAAAUUCGAUGCAGCCUUUGUUCUUUCAGAGUCAAGUGCAGCAGGAAGCACAGGCUUGGACGCGUGUGAGGGCUAUUCCAAAAUGUAGCUGGAGCAUUCACGCGCCGUAGUACACCAAGGAAAGUGACUUACAAGCUGAAAUGGAUUUUAGAUAGGACUCGGAUAGUGACGAUGGUGGAAUGAAUUACUUAUAGAUGCGCAGGCGGCGGGGUUGCGACGUGUUAUCUAAGAUUAGCUGAUGUUUACGUACAUGUGAGCAGGAGCCAACAAAAAAGGCAUACAAGGUGAAUCCGCGUCCUGCUUGCCGUCGUUUUUAUCAAGGGACAGGGAUUUCAGCGGGAGCUUGUCAAUGCAAGGAGGAUUC